AUGACGACUCAUGAGUAUACAGUUGCAUCUGCUUCGCAGCUGACUGGCGCCAAAUCGCCGCCAAGCAGCCCAGACGAUGAUGCCGCCUCGAUCGAGGGCUUUCAGGCCAUGGAUAAAGCCAACAAGGACAAGAGCAAGCUCCAGCGCCGGUCGGCUGUCAGAAGAAGCGUGCGCUUCACACCAAGCACCGUGAAUACUGAAGAGGAGCAGGGUGAUGGGUUUACUUCCUCACGAAGCGCAUCGAGCAGCAGCGGCAGCAGCCCGGCGCCAGUGACUUCGGAAACUGCGCCAACCCCAACCAAAGGAAAGGAUGAUAGUCUGGAAUUCUUGAUGCCUGCGCGAUACUCGCCACAGCCAAAUUGCAGCGCUAACAGAGACCCUUCGCCAGCUUUCAGCUCCUCGGGUAGCGGCAAAUCACAUGUUAGUGUUCCAGAGAGGGUGAAGGAGUAUGAAGGAUAUCUGACAACGCCCAAGAAGCACGAACGCCGCAUCCCGACAACCAAGGCUGACUUGGCCGUCGACACGGACGUCUCGCACAAGCGCAAUUCCUCGACCGCUUCGAGCUCGUCUCGACGGAAGAAGAAAGGCGAUAUAUAUUUUACUCCGACGGAGGUUACGCAGUCGCAAAUUUUCUUGUCCAGCCCCAAGCCGAGUCCGACGAUGCCGGAUGAGCAGACUGUGACAUCGCAGGACAAAGAGAAAGGAGGCGAAGUUAAGACGCCACGCGCUUCGCUAUCGAGACCGCCGAGUGCGAUAUAUGUUGGUCAUGGACCCGUGGAUGCUCCUACAUCACGCGCACCAAGGAGAACGACAGACGAGAAAUUGACGAUAUCGCCGCUACAACUGGAUCAGCUGAUCGCCGCCCUUGUGAAGUCGAGUACGGUUCAGAAACACGUGCGGAAGCAUUGGUGGGAUGCGGAGGAUAUACCAGACGACCAGACGGUUGUUUCUUACACGUCCAUUACUACUCCUACACUGACUUCCGCUUCGACGCUCUAUUCACGACCGAACGAGAAUUUUGUGAAUGAAGGGUCCUUUCCGGAGACGCAGCCUGAUAUCGAAGCACGAGAUUUUGCUCGCAUCGACACCAGCUGCUACGAGAAUAAGAAACUACCACUACCUCCCGCGGCUGCAACGGUUCCGUUUGGCGGUGUCGCUCUGACGGAUCCCAAGGUCCAUGGGUCGCCCAUUCGAUACAUCUCCCGGACCUAUCGAGUCGGAGCGAACGUGGUGUCGAUCGGCUCGUGUAGCUUCGUGAACGUGCCCUACGGAAGCGACGUCGAAUGCGCCCUGCGCAUCGAGCCCCCGUCCAACAUCAACAAGAAUUGCAAAGUCAUGCUGCAGUGCGUCAACCAGGUAGUCGAUCGCAAAACGGGCAAGAAAACCUACCUCCUCGUAGCAGACGUCGACGUGACGGAAAUCUUCACAAAGGCAGCACUAGCCGAACUGGCGCAGUUGACGGAAACGCCCCGCGAGCAGAUCGAACUCGUAGCCUCUCCAACUUCUUCUUCUGCCGGAGGCAUCCCUCCUCCCCUGCAAUCUCCCGACAUCGACUGGACGGCUCUCGCAGACGAACUCCAAGCCACGGCCCACCUCGCCGACACCCUCGACAACGCCCUCCGUGCCCUCGCGGACCUGCAACGGGAAACCUGCUCCAUGCAAACCCUCACCCUCCUCUCCGAACUCGACCGCAUCCGGGACGGACACGAGGAUUUCGUGAUCCUGAAAGCCACCGCGCAUCAUGAGAACGGGGUGCCUUCGAACGUCCGCCUCCCCUGGGUCUCCCGGCGACUGUAUCAGGAUUGGUAUGUGAAAGAUGGCGCGCCGGGGGCUUCGGAGGCUGCGAGGGGGUUUCAGCGGGAGAUUGUGGGGCUUGUGGCGAGGCGUGCGAUGAUGACGGGGGGUGGUGGUGGGGAGGGGUUCCAUGCGGGGGUCAUGUGGGAGGAGACGAGGUUGGGGGUUCGAUGUGUGCCGCUGUUGAGUGAGAGUGCGGAGGGCAAGGCGGAUGUUUGGGUGGUCUUUAUACAGGGUGAGAGUCUGUUGGUUUGA